AUGUGUGACUUCUGCAGGAAAAACGUGCGACGACGAGCCCACUUCGCGGUCGCCGUUCUGCGCAUCCUUUGGAUCGACAUCUUCAGAAUGCUGCUGUGCACGUUCGUCUACUUCGCCUGCCUUUUCAUCAAGAUCCCUCUGAUGGAACUUAUCAUCGACAGCUGUGACGCUACAGAACGCUUCGUGUCGGUGCUGCUAUACAUCGCUACCAGCGCCGCUGAAUGGCUCGCCACCUGUUACCAGAAUGAACUGACGUCGAUCUUCGGCAACCGUAUAUUAUCUCUCUUGCGGGGAACCAUAUUCAAGAAGAUGUCGUUGCUGUCUCCGACAGCGAGGGCCGCCAACCCGCCGGGGUACGUCCUGUCCAUCCUGGGAGUGGACUGCGUGCAGAUCUCGCUGGCCUGCUACAGCUUCUGCUACCCCCUGUGCGGGACGCUGUGCUUUCCCGUCCUGCUCUAUCUACUCUACGAGAGGGUGGGUGCCAUGCCGACCUUGUGCUGUGGCGCCUACCUCCUUGGCGCCUUGCUUCUGCUGGUGCCGGUCACCAGGCUGCAGAACGCACUCUGGCGACGUCAGAUGAGGGCGCGCGACGAGCGCCUCAAGCAGACCUCGGACCUGCUGUCUUCCGUGCGCCUGGUCAAGAUGUACGCCUGGGAGGACGCCUACCAGGACAAGCUGCUCCGCGCCAGAGACGCGGAGAUGAAGCCGCUCUUCAGGAUCAACGCGCUGGAUGGAAUCAUCGACUCUGUCUACAGCGCCUCGAGCUCAUUGCUCAUCAUCCUACUCUUCGGCACCCUGGCGAUCUUCUACCCGGAGCGGACGCUGACAGCCGCCACAUCCUUCGCCUGCGUGUCCCUCCUCUACAUAACGGACGUGGCCACGUCGCAGUUUGCUAUGGGGCUCAGGCUCAGGAGUCAGGUUUCCUUGGGGUUGAAACGCAUCGUCGCGUUCUGCACGGAAGAAGAGAUGGAGGACACGUCUAAGGACACGGAUAACAAGAUACCUCGGAAACAAGGAGAAGUGAUCCUGGAGAAGUGCUCCUUUGCCUGGAGCAAACACGGCGACGGCAAGGCCAGCGCGGGGCUCCGGAGAGUGAGCCUGCACGUGGAGGCUGGAUCCCUGGUGGGCGUGGUCGGGUUCGUGGGCUCCGGAAAGUCCUCCCUCCUGUCCGGAAUCCUGGGAGACAUGCACUGCCUGGAAGGCGUCGCCACGUGCACGGGCCGCGUGGCUUAUGUUCCCCAGUUGGCCGACGUGCACAACAUGAGCGUGCGGGACAACAUCCUCUUUGGAAAACCAAUGCACGCGAGGAGCUACGACCGAGUGCUUCGCGGCUGCCAACUUCUGAACGACAUCAACUCUUUACCCGCUGGGGACCGCACGGAGGUCGGGGAGAAAGGUGAAACGCUGAGUGGAGGCCAGAAGCAGCGCAUCUGCCUGGCACGGGCGGCGUACAGUGGGUCGGACAUCUAUCUCCUGGACGAUCCCCUGAGCGCGCUCGACCCGGUCGUCGCGAGAAAAGUCUUCAAGGAAGUCCUCGGCAAGAACGGCAUCCUCAGGAACAGGACGCGAAUCAUGGCCUGCAACCAGGGCUCGUUCCUGCACCAGAUGGACAAGCUCGUCCUGGUACAUAACAACACGGUCACUAUCUACGAAACCCUCACCGAGCUCCUUGAGGACCCCGCAACUCCGCUGACGCUUCGUCAGGGUUUCAGUUCGUCGGAAACCGAGUCAAAGAAGGACGUCGUUGCACGACAGAGUGGCUGGCAGCUGACGUGCGCUUUAAUGAAGAUGUCUGGAUCCUGGUUCGGCGUUGGGCUGGUGGCCUUCGUGGCCAGCACCGUGGCCGUCGCCUGGCAGCUCCUGUGGAUCAAGGACUGGACAAACGCUUCCAGCAGUGACACGGGCGGAAGUCCAGACAGUCAAGUCUGGGUUUGGCCGCUCGUUGCCAUCUGCCUGGUGGACGUGUUCUCGAGAACCCUGGGCAGCCUCCUGUUGGCCCUGGGCGUCCGGCGGCUUUCGCAGUUGAUGCACAGACGCAUGGCCAGUCACGUGCUCCGCAGCCCGGUGUCCUUCUUCGACUCGGUGCCCCGGGGCCGUAUCCUCAACAGGUUCGCGGUGGACCUCGACAGCAUAGACAGCCGGAUGUACCUGGCGGGCAAACUCUCCGUCCAGAACAGCCUCCUCGCAAUCUCCAAGCUGGCGGUCGUUGGAACGCAGGCUCCCGUCGUGCUGAUCAGCGGCGCUGUCUCUGUUGUGCUGAUGGCCUUUACUGUGAGAUUGGCGCUGAAGGCCUCGCUCGUGGCACGCUUCCGCGAGAGUUACCACCUGUCCCGAGCCCUGUCCCACGUGACCGAGACCAUGGACUCCCUGAGCAGCAUCCGCGGCUACGGCGUCCUCGAGCGCUUCUGUCGCCACUUCUGCCGCCUGGUGGACGACACCAUGCGUUCCUUCGCGUGUUUCGCCGUCUGCUACCGUCUCGUUCGGUUGGUGACGUCAUUUUCCGGGUUCUUCGUCAUAUUGUGCACGGUGCUACUGGUCAUCCUGCUCGCCCCAGACGCCGCAUCGCUGGACCCGAGCACCAUGGCACUCGCACUCAGCGCGGCUUCCUCGGUCCCACAGACCCUGGUUGCCCUCUGCAACAUGCUGUUCACGAGUCUUCAAACUGUUGUCAGUUUCGAGCGCUGCCUCGAGUACACCCAGCUUCCUGGUGAGAGCGAUGUCGAACCCGAAGCCAAGAGGCAGUCCAUGACUGCGUUGGCCGCGGAGGGACGAGUGUGGCCUUCCGGAGGCCAAGUGGAGUUCGACUGCUACGCAGCGUCCUACAAGCCUGGAAUCCUGCCGGACGUGCUCAAGGACGUCUCCUUCACCGUAUGGCCCACGGAAAGAGUGGGCGUGGUGGGCAGGACCGGCGCCGGCAAGUCUUCGCUCGUCCUGGCGCUACUCCGGGUCUUGAAGAGCUCUCGGGGCUGCAUCCGAAUCGACGGCGUGGACAUCGCCGGCGUUCCGUUGCAGACCCUGCGCUCGGUCGUCACGGUCAUCCCUCAGGAUCCAAUCCUCGUACGGGGAACACUGCGUGAGAACCUCGACCCUACUGGCUCUCACACGGACGAGGAAAUCUGGGCCGCUCUGGAGCAAUCGUACCUCAAGGAGGUCGUCGAGAGGAAUCCCGAGAAACUGCUUCUCGACACCGGAGACGGCGGUUCGAACCUGAGUGUAGGGCAGCGCCAGCUGGCCUGCCUCACCCGCGCCCUCCUGCGGAGACCGCGGCUGCUCUUGCUGGAUGAGGCCACGUCCCAGAUGGACGGCGACACGGACAGACUGAUCCAGGUCACGCUGCGCACCGCCUUCGCCCACUGCACUCUCAUCACCAUCGCGCACCGCAUCCACACCGUGCUCGACUACGACAAGAUCCUCGUGAUGGGCGACGGCCGUGUCUUGGAGUUCGGACCUGUGGCUGACCUCCUCGCAAACCCCGACUCUGUGUUCCGAAACAUGGCCCAGGACGCACUCCUCACCAGCGACGCCGAAGCCAAGGACAGCGUCACCUCACUUUAGACUACACCACCUAGAAUAAUCAAAGACAUUCAGCAGCCUUCUCUACGUAACAUCAUCACACACGGAUGUCACCGA